GUGAGCUCCGCAGGUGGGCCAGCGGUGGGGCCAAAGCACAGAAAGGCUGCGGCCUGGAGGAUUGGGGGAGGGGUGGCUUUUCCUGGCGGCCCCCUUUGCCUCCAGGUCCAGUGAACCUCCGCUGCACCAAACGCACCAGCUGGCCGCUCUUGGCUGUGCUUUGCCUCCAGCCGCGGCGCCUCAUGUUUGUCCUUGUAUGCACCUGGGAGGAGGGACUGCGGUGGAAUCUGGUGAGUGCCCAGUAGGGUCUGCUUCUGAGUAGAAAUUCCCCAAGGUGUUUGGCAGAGAUCUUUCCCGGCUUUACUAAGGACAGGGAGCCCAGUGCUAGCCCACAGGGGAAGAAGCUGAAACCUACAGGCAUGGAAAUACCUUGAUUAGGACCAACUAAAAUAAGGAACAAGUCUUGAAUUCUCCGUUACUGUUUAGGGGGAGGCGCCAAGGAUGGGGCCUUUUCCCCUGGCGGAACAUGCGCCACGUCAGCCCUGGCCCUUUCCCAAAGGCUCAUUCCCCAACACCUUAACAACCUUCUCAACCAUCCAGGCACCUGUGGGAUAUAGCCGGAAUUCCCAUCUUUUGAUAGAGCCUUUGCUAAGUCUAGAAAAGGAAAAAAGCUGCCUCCAGUGUGACUAAGCUGAAACAUGUUUUGUUUCUUAUUAAAAAACAUGCAUUGUACAACACUGUGUGUGUGAGCCUGCUCAGUCCUCUCCAACUCCCCUUCAGUUUUUCACUCAUGGUCUUGUGGUGGUUUCACAGGCCUGUUAGGAAAAUGGCUACUCUGGACGCUGGUGCCAUCCACAAGGGGUCGGCUUCCCUGCGACUGCCUUCUACUAACUUGUACUAACUUGAAGGGGGAGGGGGCACGGUGGGGGCACAGUGUCCAUGUCACACUUUUAAUAGCGGUGCGUUUGUCUUACCACAAACAGAACGUCACUCUCAUAACUUGAGGCUGUCCAGCGAAAUUGGCUUCGAAUGGAUUUGGGGGGAAAGUGCACUAUAAGCCACGUUUGGAACUCACUGCCACGUGCAGAGAUGCCCACGGUCCUAGAUGGCUUUAAUGGAGUAUGGUCCAAGAUGGCGCCGGUACGAUAGGUGGUGUUUUUAUGAGCUCCGAUACCUUUAGAUGGCUUUAAUUGUUUUCAUUCUGUUAGUGGCAGAUGGGCAAUGAAAGCCAAAAAAUCUGGAGGGCCACACAACUCCCAUCAUCCCCAGCCAGUAUAGCAAAUGGUAAGGUGUGAUGGGAGUUGUAGGGCAAAAUACCUGGAGGGCCACCUAUUGCUUACCCCUGGGCUAGAAUAUUCAAAAUGCGUCACGCGUGAAAGCCAAGCCAUGUUGAGGGCAAGGCUGCAAAGUAGAAGCGUAAGAAUUGGAAGGGACGGUGAAAGACCAUCUAGUCCAGGGAGCACAACCUGUAGACCUGGAUCCCUGUUGUGUGACCCCCCCGGUCCUUACUGCUGCAUUCUGCCCCCCCCCUCUAAAGUCUCCUCCUUGCCACCCCUGAAGCAGCUGGAAUGGCUGCUUCCCCACCACCACUGGACACGUUGAAGCCGCCACGCCCGCUGUCUGGGGUGGCUGUGAGGGGAGCAGGUCUUCACUUCCCGCUUCACCCUGGUGAUCUUGCUCAGGAUUGCUGGGAUGGGUGUGUGUGUGUGAGGGUAAAACCUCCCUGCCACCCCAGCGUAUGCGCGUGUGUUUGGGCAGUAUCCAAAGGUAUCAUUCUGAAAACAAAUCACAUUAGCGCUGUGCCAAAUGUGUUGUGCAAGUGGCUGCCCAUUACACUUACAUAACAGGUUGCACGAGGGAGGUGGGGGUGAUAUUCCACAACAGAUUGCACAAGCAUAACUUAAAUUGUGCAUAACAACUCUUGCGCAUAGUUCAGAACCUAGUUUCUGUAGCACAACGUCAUUUGCGCUAACAAAAUUACACAGUUGGAUACUGCCUACUGGGUGUGCAUUUUGACCUCCCAGCCACCGCUGCAUGCAGUCCUUGGGGCAAAUAGGUUGCGCACCCCUGAUCUAGUCCAAUCCCCUGCUAAAUGCAGAAUGCAGUUGCAACAUUGCUGACAGAUGGUUGUCUGGCCCGCUGUCAAAACGCCCUAACUGGGAGCGUGGGGGUUUCUCCUAACGUUGCUGAAAGCUGCCCUCUAGAGCAACAGAGAACAACUCUGCUCCAUCAUCGGCAUGACAGCCAUUCAAAUAUUUUGAAGACUACAAACACAUGUCAUCUUUUCGUUUGCAGGCUAAGCAGACUCCCCUCUUUCACCUGUUCCUCAUAGGACUUAGUUUCUAGGCACCCCCCCCCACACACACACUCCCUGGACAUGCCCCCGUUUCUUCAUGUCCUUCUUAAAAUGCGGUGUUCAGAAUUGGACACAACGUUCCAGAUGCAGCUCGGCUGGGGCAGCAGAACCAUUAAGUGAGUGCCAUUUACCCUGAAUUGUAGAUCCAGAGUUGCUGAGGUUGAAGGAGAAGCCCCUGGCCACCCGUUGAGUACUUCACACAGCGGCAUUUCAGCCACAAACAGAGGGCCACAAGAUACAGGCAGCGGCGCCCUGCUCCAGGAACCGAAAGAGAUCUGCCGGGGAUGAGAACGGAGGCCAGCUUCCUGCUGAGGCUCAUUUGUCUGUGCUCCCCAUUGACUGCGCUGGUCCUGGACUUUAACACCAUCAGGGGCUCAGCUGAAGUGUCUGUCUCCACGAAGAGUGCUCAAUGCUCGAGAGACACAGACUGUCCACUUGGGAAAUUCUGCCACGUGCCCCGGGAGGAGCUGCCUUUCUGCACUACUUGCCAUGGGCUGCGGAGGAGGUGCCAACGUGACACAAUGUGCUGCCCAGGGACAGCCUGUAUCAAUGAUGUGUGCAGCCAGAUUGAAAAGAUGACCUUGGUUGAAGAGAGGAGACAAGAUGAACCAGCUGGCUUAGGUUCAAAAGACCUGCCCCAGCAUCCAGUUCCACCAGACCAAGUCGUAAAGGAAGGAAAUCUCCCGAUGCUGCAUGACAGAGCUCGAGAGGGAGAGAGUUGCUUCCGCACCUCGGACUGCGCUGAGGGCCUUUGCUGUGCUCGCCACUUCUGGGCAAAAAUCUGCAAGCCUGUUCUCACAGAGGGCCAGGUGUGCUCCAGGCGUGGACAGAAGGAGGGCACUCAAGGGCCUGAAAUCUUCCAGCGGUGUGACUGUGCCCCCGGGUUGUCUUGUCGACGGCCGCUCAGAGGAGCAUCACAGCGAUCACGCUUGCGGGUCUGCGGGAGAAACUCGCAGACGAUUGCGCAGUCCUCUGAAGAUCACAGAAGUCAAAGAGGCUUUGAACCUGAAGAGAAAUCUCUUCCCAGGCUGUAACUUUGCACUCUUGGCCUUGCUGCUUCCUCUUUAUAGGCAGCAUUAAGUUUUGCUUGCCCUGAGAUGUGUGGCCCAUUUUAGAUUUCCAUACUUUAGACAUCGCAUGUUCAGACAGAGGAGAGGUGCUGCAGUGCUAUUUGUUUCUCUGCUUAACUCAAGGGGUGGGUUUGACCUUUAAAGCCCUAAAACGUCUUUGGUGGGCUAGCUCCAGCUUCACCUCCUCCCAUAUGAGCCUGCUUGGGAUGUCACUCGGCAUCUGAGGGCCUUUUUAGGGUCCCACCACUGACAGAGGUUCAGUUGAUGUAAUUGUGGUACCCAGAUAAUGGAAUGCUCCUGCACAGAGAGAGAGGAAUUCGCACCCACUGCCUGCUUCUAAAGUAGGUAUGCAAGCCAAUUUUGUUUCCUCGUCCAGUUCUCAGUUAAACCUUUUUCAGAUUUAUUCUUUUAAGGGCUGUAAUUCCAUUAGUUUUAUUUUGUUGCUGGGUGCCUUGUAAGUGGAUGUCAGAGACAGGUGGGGCAGAAGCUUUAUCAUAAAUAAGUGUGGCUAGAGAUGCAUCUUCACAAAUCAAGGAGCUUUUAUGGUAGGGCUUCCAUCCAACUGAUCACCACAGUAAGACUGUAGGUGUUAAAAAAGAAAAGCUACCUUCCUAAAGCUGGGAGAUCCAUGCAGGGCCGGUGCCAGACUAUUUUGCGCCCUAGGCAAGGUGAGCUACUUUCACCCCCCCACCCAGCCCCCAAAAUGCCAGCUUUGAUUUUUAAGAACAGAUGUUUCCUGGAAAAAAUAAGAAGCACAAAACUUUAAACUGCUAAAUUUAUUUUAAAGUGCAAGAAAUACGUCAUGCCAAUUAUAGCAAACAAAUUGGAAAGGCAUGUCUAUGGGUCAAAAAUGCAUUAUUUAAUAGGAAUGUCACCUCCAAAUCAUCCCCCCAACUCACGCACGCAUGUGCACACACUCUCAGCAUCACUCACUCCAAACAAACACAUGCAUGAACACAUGCGUUCAUUCAAAGACCCCAUGCACCCAUACAUUCUCUCUCUCUCUUCCGGGCGCAUUCCGGAAGUCCGAACAUGGAGCCACCCCACCCCAGCGUCCCUGGCUUUGCUUCAGCUGGGCGGGCACGGAGCGCCAUCUCGCCUGCCCAGGCCCAGCUGAAUCCUCGGGCCGGGCCAGCUCACAGCCAACGCAAGUGAGUGCUGUGCUAUGCCCGCGCCCCUCUUAGCUUGGCGCUCUAGGCGGCCGCCUGAGUGGCCUCUAUGGUAGCACCGGCCCUGGAUCCAUGGAGUAGUUUUUUGCCUCCAGCAAUGGGUGGCAGAUGCCUCAGACACUCAUAUUGCUGACUGUGACUGCGUAGUCGUUGCUUUGCUGCUUCAGGAACAGGUAAAGCAUCUGUUCUGAACUUUACAACAGCUGGCAUGGUUAUAUGCCACACUUGAACACCAGCAAACAACCACCUGUAAGUUAGGUAGCCUACACCAUAGACGAAAUGCCCGAGCACAGGCUGAAGGCCUCCAGGCCAGCAAUCUUGCUACAGAGGUAAGCAGGUCAGUGCUCUGAUUAGUGCCUGGGUUGGAAAAGACCUGGGAACUCCAGGUAUUCCAUCUUAAGGCCCACAGAAGAAAGGCAACUUGCCUUCUACAGUUAGGAUGAAUAUUUUUUGUGGGUAGGACUGAAGGCGUUUUUCCAGGCCUACACAGUGCUGCCCUCACUGCUCUGGACUAGGAAUUAGGGCUAAAGGGCAGUUCAAGAACAGCGCUAGGCUCUCGCCUGCCCCAUGAUGCAACACUGCCCAUCCCAACCAGGCGCUUCCUCUUGGUGCUUGAAAAAUGUUGCAGAGUUGGAAAAAGAGCAGAAAACGGCAGCUGAAAUGUUCACGGGGAUAGAGCAAGUCCCCUGUGAGGAAAGGUUAGAACGUCUGGGACUGCUCGGGAGACAUGACAGAGGUGUAUCAGAUUAUGCAUAGGGUGGAGAAAGUGGAUAGGGAGAGUGUGAGGACAAGACAAGAUUGAAGGGGGAAAACUGCAACUUUUGAAACUGUAACUUCCAAUUUUUUAUGUCAAAUAGCUAUUGAUCUUCAUGGCUUCCUUUUGUAUCAGAACUAUGUAUCAGAACUAUUUCAUGAACUCACCCCAGCUACGAUACUUUGGGGCGCUUAAUGGAAUUGCAUUGCUACAAUGGGGAAAGGCAAGCCACCACUACACACGCACAUUAUCUGUGUAAGUUAGAUGGAGCAUGAAUAUAAGCAGUUAUUUACAAGCCCUUAACUUUUAAAAUAUUUAAGAAUAUUUUCAAAGACGAGCAUUUCAGUAACUACUCUUAAUUACACAAAAGUUCUUCUUGUAAGUCAAAA